AUGUCUUUCAAGGGCUUCCAGAAGUCAAUCGUCAGAGGCCCGGCCCGGCUCUUGGGGAUAGUGGCAUGGGGAGGACAAAGAACGCCUGUCGCACCAUCGCUGACGCAUCCCUCAGCCCCGCAGACAUUCAAGGCCAAAUUCAAUCUCGGCGAGAAUACGAAAGAUGCCGUCUAUAUCGACGCGGAACGACGGUUUGCCGAUCUCGAGAGGGAGACCAAGAAGUUGCACGACGAGAGCAAAAAAUACUCAGAUGCGAUCAUUGGCAUGAUGAAGCACCAAAUCGAAUUUUCCCAAGCCAUCGCCGAGAUAUACAAGCCUAUAUCUGGUCGCGUAUCAGACCCAGAUUCUAUCAUACCCGAAGGCAACCCAGAAGGUAUACAGGCCUGUGAGGAAUACGAGGCAAUUGUGACGGAACUCCUGGCUACCCUCCAGCCCGAGCUAGAAAUGAUUGAGACGAGGGUGAUUCGACCUGCGGACGAGUUAUCGGAAAUUAUAAAGGCCAUAAGGAAAUCUGCACUAAAACGGCAGCAUAAGCAGCUGGAUUAUGACCGACACCGAGCUACCUUAAAGAAGCUUCAGGACAAGAAGGACAAGAGUCUGAAGGAUGAGAAGGCAAUGUACAAGGCGGAAAAUGAGGUUGAACAAUCGACGCAAGAAUUUGAGUACUUCAACAACCUCCUGAAGGACGAAUUACCCAAGCUCUUCGCUUUAGAACGCGAGUUCAUCCGGCCUUUAUUCCAAUCAUUCUACUACAUGCAACUGAACGUCUUCUACACUCUUCAUGACAAGAUGCAAGGAUGCGACAUUGGCUACUUCAACCUCCAGCUGGAUGUGAUAGAGGGAUUUGAAGCGAAGAGAGGGGAUAUCCAAGAACAAGCAGAAAAGUUGGCAAUUACCAAGUGGAAGACGACCGGUGGUAGGCGUCCGGCAAGGUUGGGUCCAGGAGGCAGCAAGCUUGCCAUUGAAGACAAGCAAUCCCCUUCUCGGCUCGCUAUUGAAGACAGGAAGACGUCCGUUCGACGAUCCAUGGACGAUGGAGAGAACCCACCACCACCCUAUUCAACCCAAUUAUCGCCCAGGUUCAACGAGACUACAGUCACUCGCUCAAGUUCGACGGGUUCCGCAUGGGGUGCAGCAGCAAAAUCAAAGGGGCCAGCUCCACCACCUCCCAAGCCCAAACCAUCACGAUUCAGCGGCGCGCCUCCCGCAGAGACUGCCACGGCGCUUUAUGAUUACGAAGCUCAAGCCGAAGGAGACUUGAGCUUUUCAACUGGGGAUAUUAUUGAGAUUGUGACAAAGACGAAUAAUGAGAAUGAGUGGUGGAUAGGCAAGAUCAAGGGGAAGCAAGGACAGUUCCCAGGUAAGGCUCCUGACAACGAGCUAUUGAUAAUGCUGAUUAGUACCUAG